UUUUUUUUGCGCCUAACAAUUACGGCCGUGUUUUGCAGGAUAUGAUCCAAAAUUACACCAGCACCCCUACCAGCUCAAUGCAGCAGUACUACGUCCAGCUCACCAUGUUCUUUGCCGAGACCACGUUCUCUACGGGUGGUCAAGCAGAUGGGGAUGGCAGUGGUAGCAAUGGUGGUGACGAUGGACGUAGCGACAUGUGGACCGUUUUUACUGGCGAGCGCGGGUACCUUGCUUACCUGAUUGCAGCAGGUGCUGCGCUGAUUUUAGGUAAACAAGAAGAAGAAAAAAAAAGAAAGUACGAUGGGAGCAUUUCUCUCUCUCAUAAUAAGAUAAUACGAAAUUCUCACAUUUCCAGUUGCAGGUGUGGUGCUUCUACGAUGGUGCCGCUCCCCUCGCAACGAUGAAAGCUACCCACCACGUAAUGCAUUAGAAGCGGCAGAGAACGGUAUUUAUAUGCAGCCCACAGGUCAAGCAGGAGCGACAGCAGGAGAUCGACGACGUAAGAUGUCCUUGACCAAGUUGAAUGAUAUGUGCCCUGUACAAUCACUGGUCACCGACGAAAUCAGAACCAAAAAUUCCGUGUGUGCAAUUUGCUUGGAAGAACUUCAAGAAGACGAUCUCGUGCGCGUUUUACCUUGUGGCCAUGGCUUUUGUGUUGCCUGUAUUGAUGUAUGGCUGACAAAAAAGUCUUGCCUGUGUCCGAUAUGCAAGUAUGAUUGUGAUCCACCCGAAGAAUCUGCGACAGACGGGCAAGAAGUCGAACACGAACAGCAGCAGCAGCAGCAUCCUCGAGGGAGCGUUGAUCUUGGUAAUCCAAGUGCAACUGAACCCCAUGAGACCGACAGGACACCUGAAACAGCUGCUGCUACAGUGGCUGACAGCUCUCACUCACGACCACCUCACAUUGCACAAGAAGCACCUUUAAUAGCGCCACCGUCAUCGUCAUCAUCAUCAUCAUCAUCAGAACCGUCAACCUCUUCCCCUGCUGCCAAUACCGAAAGCUCGAAUAAUACUGCCACUGAUAGGAGCACUGCUAUAGCACAAUCUUCUACGAGUAAUAUUGUUGCUGACACUUCUUCCGAAGCCAAUAACAGCCAGGAGAAACAACAAUAGCAUCCGCUCUCUUACUUUUUAUUAUAUGUACCAUAUUCAUGUUGAUAAUCUCUAUAUUACUCUGUAAUACUUAUUGCAAGUUGUUGUUCUAAGUUUCAACCACAUCUUAUAUGUAUAUCGCUUCUUUAUCACUAAUAAUUUAAAUCAAACC